UACGAAGAAAAAUUUCCCCACGUUUUUGUUUAUGUCAUUUUUUGAACGGUGCAAGUGCGACUCGGAGCCUUGCAUACCUCAGAAAUGGGCAAACGAGGCGGUUACAAAGGCGGUCGUGGCGGCGGUCGUGGGCGCGGCGGCGGAGGGCAAGGGAACCGACCUCGCGCAGACAAUCGAACGAGCAAGCAGGACAUCCCUCGAAAUAACGAGAAGUUUGAACAGUACUACAAUCAGCUCGGUAUAUUAUCGGAAGAUGACAAGACCGCUUUCUGGGAGGCUAUGAGGAGAGAUCUGCCCAACAGUUUUCGCUUUACAGGAUCAAGAGCACACGCUCUGGCUGUACAACAGCGCCUCCGCGAUGUCCAUAUUCCCGAAAUCACCUCGAUCACCUAUGAAGGCCAAUAUGUCGACUCUCCACAAUCCGUCGUCUGGUACCCCGACCAGCUGGCCUGGUUCAUGACCACACCCAAAAAUGUCAUUCGACGAUUCAAACCUUUCGCAGCGUUCCAGAAGUUCUUGGUGGCAGAAACGGAUGUGGGAAACAUCAGUCGUCAAGAGGUGGUCAGCAUGAUACCCCCCCUCCUCAUGGACUUGAAGCCUGGCAUGACUGUCUUGGAUCUAUGUGCCGCGCCUGGCAGCAAAUCCGCGCAAUUGAUCGAGAUGAUCCACGCCGGAGAAGAGGAGAGAUGUAGGCAAGUCGCAGCAAAUGUUGCCAACAGUUCCGACAGACCAGACGGAGAGGACUUUGCCGAUGACGGCCGAUCUACCGGAUUACUCAUUGCAAACGACGUCGACUACCGAAGAGCGCACAUGCUGGUUCAUCAAGUCAAGAGAUUGAGUUCGCCUAAUAUCCUUGUCACAAACCACGACGCCACGAUAUUUCCCUCAAUCAAGAUCCCCUCCCUACCCCGACCGGAAGGAGGACCCAUACAGAACCGCUACCUGAAAUUCGACCGCAUCUUAGCAGAUGUUCCCUGCUCCGGCGACGGCACAGUGCGCAAGAACCCAGAAAUCUGGAGAAAUUGGACCCCGAGCAAUGGCCUUGGUCUACAUAUGACCCAAGUACGAAUCUUGAUAAGAGCACUACAAAUGCUCAAGGUCGGUGGCCGAGUCGUCUAUUCCACAUGCAGCAUGAAUCCUGUGGAAGACGAAGCCGUUCUGGCCGAGGCCAUCAAUCGUUCUGGCGGUUCUAAGUAUGUCGAACUCCUAGAGACAAAAGACUACUUGCCCGGUCUCAAACGACAAUCUGGACUGAAGAAGUGGAGCAUCAUGGACAAGGCCGGCCGCAUCUGGGAGGACUACGAAUCGGUGCUGAAGCAGAAAGCUGACGCUGGUGACGACGGAUUGGGACGUCUUUCGGCAAGCAUGUUCCCACCAACAGAAGAUAUACCUCUCGACCGUGCCAUUCGUGUCUACCCCCACGACCAAGAUACAGGAGCAUUCUUCAUUGCCAUUCUCGAGAAGAAAACAGAGAUCAAAGCCAAGGCUGAAACGAAACCGGCUGUGGCCACUGUCAAGUCAGGAUCUGCAAAGGUGGAGACCGCCAACUCCAAUGGGACCGAAGCGAAGCUCGAAACUGCCCUCGACGGGACGGUAGAGACGAUUAACGGCUCGGCACCCCCUGAUGCGAAUGGGACGAGCAAGCGCAAACGCUCAGAAGAUGAAGAUGAAGGUCCCGAGAAUGACAGCGCACCCAUGAAGCGCGUUAAGAGCGAGCAGGAUGCUGGCGCCAGUAGUCAUCAGAACGGGGAAGCCGCGGCGCCCAACGGAGCAGCACCAGCUCUAGACAGACCAGCACAACCUCCUAAGAAGAAGAAUCGCGAUCAACCAUUCGAAGAACCAUUCAAAUACCUCUCCGCCGACAUUCCCGAACUCGCACAGAUCAGGGAAUUCUACAACCUCUCCCCACGAUUUCCCCAGGACAGAUAUAUGGUGCGCAACGCUCAAGGCACCGCCACCAAGAACAUCUACUACACCAAUGCCCUCACCAAAGAAAUACUCCAGGAGAACGAAGGCAAGGGCCUUAAAUUCGUACAUGCGGGCGUCAAAAUGUUUGUCAAGCAGGACGCCCCCGCCCCAGAUGUAUGCCCUUGGCGUAUACAGACCGAUGGAUUGCGCCUGCUCGAGACAUGGGUCGGCUCCGAACGUAUUGUCAAGUUGCACAAGAAGGAAACACUGCGCAGAUUACUGAUCGAGAUGUUCCCUCGAUUCAACGACGAAGAAUACAAGAAAUUAGGCGAGGUGGGCGAACAGAUUCUCGAUAUGAGGAUGGGCUGCUGCGUGCUCAUUGUUGAGCCUAGCGAUGCCGAGGACGGGCUGAGUGAGCGCAUGGUCUUUCCUUUGUGGAAGUCUAUCAUGAGUCUGAAUCUCAUGCUGCCGAAAGAAGAGCGCAAGGCGAUGCUUUUGCGGUUGUAUGAUGACGAUACCCCGCUGGUCAAUCUGAGCAAAGGCUGGGUCAAGAAUGGGAACGGAGCUGAGAAAGAUGAUGCGAAGGCUGGAGAUGUCGAGCUGGUGGACGCGGGUGAGAAGAAGGCUGGUGAAGAUGAUGCGCCCGCAGUCCGCCGGAACAGCAGCUCUCCGGAGCCAUUGCUUGUAGGCGAGGCGGACGGAGAAGAAGUCAAAAUGGCCGAGGAUGAGAAUGAUGGCGGCGUCGAGGUCUCAUAGGGAAUCCUGCAGACAGCUUUGUA